UCGCAGGGCUUCACCUGCCACGUGCUUCCCUCCCGGGGAAACCUCCAGCAAGGGUGAUUCCGCUCCCUCCCUAGGAAGCCUCUCCCACCGCUUCCUUGUCUUUGUUCCCUGGAAGUUUUUCCCAGCGACUCCAGUUCUGCCUGGAGUUCAUGGGAGAGAUCACAGCUCCUCUGACAGCAACAGGAAUGGCAGUGCCCUUUGGCAUCCGUUGCCUGCGCUGGCCUCAUUGCAUCUCUGCUGGCACAUGGCUUGUGCCGGGGCAGCAGCUCCCUUGUCUGCACUGGAGCUGUUGGUAAAUUAUUGAUAAUAAGUGGAGUGGACCGAUGGGUGACCAGGUGGUUGGUGCAUGGCACGGUGCCUCUGUGGGGAUGGGACUGGGGCGGGAGUCCCGGCAGGAGAACUUGCGGUCAGGACUCGUGGGUGACGUUCCCCCUGGCAGCCAUAAGGAUGUCGUGGGACUGUGAGAGGAUCACAGCCAUCCCUGGCUGCGUGCAUGCUCCUGUGGGCCUGAUCCAAAGGCAGGCAUUUCUACAUGGAAUUAUUUCCGCUUUCCUGCUUUAUACCCAAUUUUCAGGCUGUGCCCAGCCCUCAAAGCCUGACAGCUCUGCAGGAGGGAUUUGUCACAGUAGGAAAAAGCCUGUUGGGACUGCCACUGGCUGGGAUGUGGCUGUCCCUUCUCACAUCCCACAGAGAAGCUUAUGGCUGUGCCGGCCAGGCUGGGCUGCUGGUGGCUUUGGAACAGUGCCUUUGGUUCCCAGACUUCACUCCCCCUUCCCACAGCCAUGGGUUUCCUCCUCACCCUUGCUCCCAGCAGUGUCAACUUGACCUCUACUCAUCCUGCGCUGGCUUCUGUGUUGACAGAGGGUUUUUUAUGUGGAACUGGAUUGGGAUGCUUCAAAAAUAUUGCCACAAACUUCUAAAAAGUUACCUAAAAAGAGCUGGAGGCUUCGUAAGAUGCUACCAGUCCCAGUCUUCCCGCACCAUAUCCCAGCCCUGCUAAUGGCUAGGAUGUGCCAAUACCUUCUCUUCCCAUUACCAGCAAAAGGGUUCUCACUUUUGGUGAGAAAAACCUUAAGGAAAGCAUGGAAGGGCAUCGGCUGUUGGCCAUUUCACUGUGUAUUACUCAAAAAUGAGUGAGAAGUUUGGAUAUUACAAAAAAAAACCACAAUGGCUUUUGCUGAUUUUUGCUCUCUUACUCUGGGACAAUUCCUCUGUGAUCCCUGGGGUUGUAUCGGUGGCCGGGCAGCAGAGUUUGGCUCUUGCUAAAUGGUUUAUAGGAUUUUUAUUUUUCAUUUAAUCAAAAACAAGAAGGGGAAAAAAUCAAAGAAGUAUUUGGUGUGGAAAAACAAAAUAUUCAGAACCCCUUAAGCUGGGCAGAGAGGGUCUCUUUGAGGGGAUGGAUGUUUUAAGGGGAAUGAGAAGUGUCCAGCUGCUGGAGCCGGGCUGAGCUGGGCACUUUGGACGUUUUGGGAAGGGAGUGUUGGUGUGAUGCUCAGUGGUGUGUGGUGCCACGGGGUGUUUGGGGUGCAGGAGGUGGGCCAUCAGCAGGGUCUGCCCUGCCCGUCACAUCUUGCACAUCACCUUGAGCUGCCCAGCAAGGUGGGCACGGAGGUUUUGUGCUCCGUCACCCACUGCAUUUUGGCACUAGGAUAAAGGUGUCCCUGGAUGCAUAAAGGUGUCAGCUCUGCAGGUUUCCCCUCGGUUUUCACCUGUUUUGAGCACAGAGAUCUUGUCUUCAGCUUUCAGUUCUCUGGUCUUUUGUGAGUCUCUUUUUUUCCCCUUUUUUCUUUGAGCAACUUGAUAAAGGAUUGCUCAGAGGUGCCAGGAGGCAGCAUGGGAAGGAAGGGGACUGACACAUUUAUCCCUGGAGAACUGGGAACAAUAGCAGUGUCCACAUUAGUAGGAGUGGAGCAAGGAUUUGGGAAGGGGCUGCAGGGAACCCUCUCUUUGCCUGCUCCAGGAAUGAGCCGCUGGCACUCAGGCUGCAGCUCCUUCCCAGCUCUCCCACUGAAAGAGCCCAAAUUAGCUGAAUCAACGAUGCCCAUGUUCAGCACCAAAUGCCACAGAACCUGUUGCCAAGGCUGGAAUUUCUCACUUGAUCGGAUUAACCUUUGUGUCCAUGCAACCAACCACAUACGUGUCACCAGCUGAGCUUUUGCCAGUUCUUCUCAGAGCAUGUGGGAUGCAUGCGAUUGUGCAGUCCCUGAUCCCACACAGAAAGUCCCUGGGGGCACCUCAGAAAGAGCUGCUGGACCCUCAUGUCCCACUUGUUGGUGGCAUGGCUGGCAACCUGGCUAUGCAGGAGGUGCUCCGCUAUUCCUCUGGGCAUGAGAACAGGUGGAAUGAGUCUGGAUGCUCUGGGAAUCAACUCUGUUGAGUUAAAUGACGCUGAACAUGAUCUUGUGGGAGGAACUGGGAGUGACGACUCAAAUCCAUGUUUUGAAAAAGCCUGUGGGUGAGCGUCUCAGCAUCACGUCCCAGCCAGGGUAUCAAGGCUGCAGUGGUCUGGGCAAUCGCUUCCCAAGGAGCUGAUGCUCUCAUUGUGAAGGUGUGAAGGACUUUUUUCCCCCAAAUCCUUAUGUGGCGUCUCCCAGUGCAGCCCCCAUCCUCUGACAUGUCUUUGCUUGUGCUGUUGGGAAGGGAAGAAAGAACUUGAAGCCAGAGACAAAGGCAGUCAUUCCAUGGGCUUCUUCCUGGCACCACCAAACGGAGGGGUGUCUUGCUGCUGCUUCCUUCAGGAGCGAGAGUGGGCCUUCUGCGAUAAUUCCUGAUGUUCAUUAUUUAUAGAGAAGCGAAAUUGAAUUAUUAAUACAGAAAAUUCAGAUAACAUUAACAAUUCUCCGUUUAUAACGGUUUCCCAUUAAUAAGGAAAAUUGGAAAUUUAUCACUACAUCUGUUCAUUAAAACUCACUAUUUUUUUUUUUGCUUUUGGUGUCUUAAAUGAAAGCAGAGAAAUAAACGAAGAGGGAAAGCCAUUUAUUCACUACUUCUCUGGGCAAAGUCAGCCCAUAAUUUUUAAUAAAGUCUUUGCUGUUGUACGUGGAGGGGAAGCCAGGCUGUAAUGAAAGCAGCUUUCCAGCCAUGUCUGUGGCGUUCCUUGACCGUAGAACAAAUACUCAGAAGCACGUCCCGUUUCUUCUCUUUGUGGGAAUCUUCAAACUGCGUGAUAGUUUGCUUGUUUCCCUCCCUCCCCAGCAGCUCUCCUUGCUUUCACCAUGUGUUGUUCCCGGCUCCGAGGAGUGAAUUUUAACGCCUCCCCUGCUUCUUUCAGAGAUGGCGGAUUCCUAUACCUGCAAAGGUGGAAGGAAAACUGCAGCCUCUAACAAACCUGCUGCCAGCAAAGAAAGCAGGACGGAGACAAGGAUAAACCCACCGGCAGAGCUGCCCAAGCUGGAAAAUGCGACCAGUGACAAAACUGAAGGCAGGAAGAAAGGACGACCCAAGGCCGAGAAUCAGGCACUGAAAGACAUCCCUCUCCCCCUGAUGAAUCAGUGGAAGGAUGAAUUCAAAGCCCACUCCAGGGUGAAAUGUCCCAAUUCAGGCUGCUGGCUGGAGUUCCCCAGCAUUUAUGGCUUGAAGUACCACUAUCAGCGCUGCCAAGGGGGUGCGAUCUCGGAGAAGCUGACGUACUCAUGCUCGUACUGUGAAGCUGCCUUCACCUCCAAAACCCAGCUGGAAAAGCAUCGGCUCUGGAAUCACUUGGACCGGCCAGUGCCAACCAGCAAAGCAGAAAACAAAGUGCCCAAGGCCAUUGGGAAGAGCAGUGGAAAGAAAAGAGCUGCUGAGAGUUCAGCUUGCCCCACCAUCCAUCCCAAACAGCCAAAGACGGAAAAAGCUGUGGCCCAGGAGCACACGGAGAAUGGCGAGUGCCUGGCGGAGAGCCGGGAGAGCAAGGAGUUCCAGAUCGCCGCGGCCGAGGCGAUGGCGGCCGCCACCCCCACGGCCAAGUCCUCGAGCGGGAAGGACGCCGGGCAGCAGCGGGGCAGCCAGGCCUCGCUGCAGGAGGAAGACCCUGAGAGGAUGAAGCACAAGUCAGGAAGGAAACAGAAAACUCCUAAGAAGUUUACGGGGGAGCAGCCGUCCAUCUCGGGGACAUUUGGACUGAAAGGUCUUGUCAAAGCAGAGGACAAGGCAAAAGCCCAUCGAGCCAAGAAGUUGGAGGGAAACACCAGUAUGGAGGAGCUGAAAAAGAAAUCUCCAGGAGUUGCUGUGAAGAAGGAAACUGCUGUGCACCUACCAGCAGCAAACCCAGAGGACCAGUGGCAGCGGGAGAUCAGCGAGAAGGGGGAAGUCUCCUGCCCAACCUGCAGUGUUAUAACCAGGAAAACUAUUGUGGGGCUCAAAAAGCACAUGGAUGUCUGCCAGAAACUGCAGGACGCCUUGAAGUGUCAGCACUGCAAAAAGCAGUUCAAGUCUAAAGCUGGGCUGAAUUACCACACCAUGGCUGAACAUGUCAGCAAGCCUGUUCCUGUGGAAACUGCUGGACUUGGCGAACAGGAAGAGCGGGAAAGGCUGAGGAAAGUGCUAAAGCAGAUGGGAAAACUGAAAUGCCCCAAUGAGGGCUGCGUGGCCAACUUCUCCAGCCUGAUGGGUUACCAGUACCACCAGAAGCGGUGUGGGAAGCAGCUCACCGAGGCCGACAAGCCUGUUUUCAGCUGUCCACACUGCAGCAAGAAGUACAAAUCAAAGGCUGGCCACGACUACCAUGUGCGGUCAGAACACACGGCCUCGGUGAGCCCCCCGGAUGCUUCCGCAGCCCGAGGAGCUGGGCCACCUCCCCCUGGGGGGGACUGCAGAGCUGCUGCGGAGCCCGUGGGCAGGACAGAGCCGGGCAGGGCCGGGCCGGGCAAGCCUCCGGAGGAGCCAGAGGUGAAGCAGGAGCCUGCUCCCAUAGAAGAUUUCGAGAGGACCCCGAGCGGCCGCAUCCGUCGGACGUCGGCCCAAGUGGCCGUCUUUCACCUCCAGGAGAUAGCGGAGGAUGAGCUCGCCAGGGAUUGGACCAAGCGGAGGAUGAAGGAUGACUUGGUGCCUGAAACGAAGCGGCUCAAUUACACCCGACCAGGGCUUCCAAAGCUCAAUCCCAGGCUGCUGGAAAACUGGAAGAACGAAGUGAAGGAGAAGGGCCGCAUCAACUGUCCCAACAAUUUCUGUGAAGCCAUUUACUCCAGCGUCUCGGGGCUGAAAGCUCACCUGGCCAACUGCAACAAGGGAGACCACUUGGUGGGCAAGUACCGCUGCCUCCUGUGCCAGAAGGAGUUCAGCUCCGAGAGCGGCGUCAAGUACCACAUCAUCAAGGCUCACUCGGAGAACUGGUUCCGAACCUCCUCAGAGGCCAGCCGGAAAAAGAAAAACAGGGAACAGCUUUCUUCCAGCAAAGAGGAGAAAAAGAAAAGCACAAACGGGAAGAAAAGAGGGAGGAAACCCAAGGAGAGGCCUCCAGAAAUGUCUCCAAAGGGUAAAGAAAGCGUGGCAGCAAAGACUAAUCACAAGAAAACCCUCGAGCACUGGGAAGGCUCCCGGGGCAGCCCCGAGGGGGACGAGCAUGUCCCCAAGCCCCCAGGCCAGCGGAAGGGAGGAGCCAGCAAGAUGCCUGAGAAAUGAGCAGCUCAGAGACUCAUGUCCAAGGAUUCGUUUACAGCCCAGGGUAACAGGGUGGGGGUCUCUCCCGGUUUUAUGUCCUCUCCUUCCCAAUCCCACCUCCCUUCCCCCCACCCUCCUCUCACCCUCUUUUUACAAAAAGAAAGGAAAAAAAAGAAAAAAAAAGACAGAAAAUACCAAUUAACCACUUUAAACAAGUCACGGACCUUGUUUCACACUGGAAAACAAACAGGAUCAAGGAAGCUGGACCGUUCUCCACCCCCUGCCUCUGUACAUACCCCUCGGUGGGACCCCGCUGCCUCUCCCAGCCCGUGAUUUCCCUCCCCUGCGCCAAACUGGUGACGCUUGAGUGAAAGAGAAGUGCAAUAGCAGCGGGUCCCGUGGAUGGGGACCCUCCGCCAGCAGCAUCGUGCCGAGGCAGGGAGCUGCCCGCCUGCCUGGCAGCCUCCAGCGGGCCCCAGCCUUCCAGCUCCAGGGCAAUGUUUCCAAAGAUGUUUGACCUGGUCGGGCAGAGGGUCCAGCAGCGGAUGCCGGGGGGGGUCGGCAGCACUUUCCCCGCUGCCUCAGGUCGAGGGUGAAUGCGUUUGGCAGGGAUCGGCUCCGUGGGGUGUCGGUUUUGCAGGGUUUGUCUCAGCGGCGCAGGCAGAGGAGGGAACAGGGAACGCGGGCACGGAGUGUGACCAGGGCUGGGGGUGCGGGGGGCGAGAGCGGGAGGUGGGACUGGUCGGGUUGGAGGGUUUAAUGGAAGGUUGGGGGAAUGUUGUGGGCACCGUGGAGCGUGGCAGUGCGACCAAGGAGGGGGCGCAGUGAGGGAGCUGUGCUCGGAUUGUAUUUGCAAACGCAGCUGGCGGUGCCGGGGUCAGGGGGAGAUGGCAGCCAACAACCUGCCCCCCCAACCUGGGGGGGCAUCCAAGGGUGGUUGAGAGUCCCAUUGUGCUCUAUCCAAUCACACUAAAGGGAGGAAUGGGGUCUCGGUUCCCCAGUUGCAGCCGUGGGAGGUGUGUGAUGGGGACGGGGCAGCAUCAAGUGACAAUCACGGGUCCUGCUUUGGGGCGAGCCCAGCCGCUGCCCGGCCACCUCUCGCUCCCCUCGUCCCUCUGGGCUGGGACCCGCUGUGGGGGGAGUUCCUGCUCCCAAAGAUGCAUCUGAGCCCCCGAUCAUCCCCCUCGGGAUGGGAGGUCCCUGUGGUGCCGUCCCUGCUUGUGCUCUUCCCCGGGCUCUUCUUUGCACCUGUGCUGACACGGUCAUCACACCUCACUCCAGCCCAGAGGGAACCCUCCCUCCCUGGACCAGGACAUAAUCCGUCUCCAGACAAAACCAGGCUACCUCGGUCCUUGGGAAACAGGCAUGUUUCCUCUCGGUAACAGAACAGAAAACCUUAAUUCGAUUUUUUCCCUAUGCAGAGCCAGGAAAGUGGCAUCGGAGGGAGAGCUUCUGCUUUUGCUUUAAUCAGUUCAAACCUCAAUCCUCGCUUUCCGAGGAGUCGCUGCUCCUUGCUGCCCGCUAGAGGCUUGGUAUCAUUCCCUGGCUUCGAGCAGCGGCUCAGUCAUAAUUAACAUCCUCCACUGGCAGGUUAUUCCAGCCGGGCAGGGAGGGGGAAUGGUGGUGGCUGAAGCCAGGGCUUCUCGGGGAGCCAGGUCUCCUGCUCUGCCCAUGGCUCUGGCCCCUGGAUCCACGCUCUGCAUUACCCAGUGAGCUGGGCACGUGCCUGCGGGUGAGGGAAUGUGCUGGAGCACUGCUGGCUGCGCUGGGCCUCGAGGCAAUUAGUGAGAAAGCUUAAUUAGUCACUGCGACGAAGCCUGGUCACUGCUUGCUCUUCAUUGGAUCUGUGUUUGGAUGCUGUCACCGGGGCAGAUCCUGCCUCCCCGGGGAAGGGGGAGAGCUCCAGGAGGUGUAGGAUGUGCACGCUCGGAGCUGCUCGCUCUUUGUCACCAUGGGGACGUUGGGGCGCUGUCCUGGCAGUGGCGUGCUCUGGUGCUGAGCCUGUGUGCCCUCAUCAAAGCCACAAUGGGUGGGAGGGCAGUGACCCCCCACCCCCAGAGGGUGUUUGGGGGGCACACUGGGGCUGCUGGGGAGGCCAGCAGCAGCAGGAAGGGGACAGCGGGCAGAGAUGGGGACCUGGCACUGAAAUCUCUGCAAAGGGGCAGAGGGAGCCGCUGCAUCCCAAAAUCAUGUCCCACCACCGAAGAAAGCCCUCGGGAAAACUUCAUGUCCUGACCCAGGGAGGGGUGACCCAGGUGGCCUGGGCUGCUGGCUCGGACGGUCACCACACAAUCCUCACCGCCUCCCCCUGGGCAGAGCCUGGGGCUCCGUUCUCAUUAAUGUGCAAUUAAUUGGCUUCUCGUUGAUUAAAUUAAGAGGCAGCACUGUGCUCCAUGUGGGGGGAGCCCUGGGAGCUGCUCAGGGCAGGGGAGACCCAGGGAAGGGCCGGCUUGGGGAGUUGUCAGGGAGUCCACAUCAAAACCCAACAUCUGCUUCCUUAACAAGAGUGUCUGCAAAGGAGCAUCCUGAGAGGAGCAGGGACAGCUGUGGUGACCUCACAGAGUGACACCAGCCUGGAGGGGACCCCAGGGACCAUCUGGGAUCUUGGGGUCAGCAGCAGGAGCGGCAGUCCUGGUGCUGUCCCUGUCACCCUCAGACCUGGGAAACGUGCACAGCCCCGGUGAGGGCAGCACUGCGGUCAGUUGGGAAUUUCCGUGAGAAAAUGAAAUCUUCAAGGGUUUUUUUUUCCCCUGAAAAGGUGUUUUCCCCACUAGUCAUCACUCAGAGAGGAACAUGUUCCCCCACUUUCUCCAUGAGACAUCCUUAACUCUCCUGCUUGUCCGGGGAAGGUUCCAGAGCAAUGCCAGGACCCCAGCAGCUGCCAGCGAGUGGGCAGGGCUGAGUGACACCACAGUGGCAUUGCUGGGGCCAGCGGGUUGUGCCCCUUCAGGUGCUCCUAGUGAGGCAGCACCAGCUGGGAAACCACCUUGAUCCAGAGGGAUGGGCAGAGGCUGCAGGACCAGAUGGGGGGACAAGGUGUCCUGUCCCCUUCAUCCCCUCAUCUGCAGGAUUUGGGAGUUUUGUCACCCUGGGGACAGUGACACUGUGGUCCCACACCUCCGCUGUUGUGGAAAGCCACCAUCCCGUCACCCGUGUCCCCAAGGAAAGGGCUAAACCUCUGUGGGAGCAGGGAUGGACUGCAACUCCAUGGGAAGACCUCAUGGAAGGCUUCAGUCAUGAGGGGCUGCUGUGGCUGAGGAACCCCUGGCACUGACACCACACCCCGGUGAGGGUGGCUGUGCUGUGCCGGCUCCAGGCGGGAAGCGAGGGCCAAAUCCAGCCACAGUGGAUGGAGCUGCCUGGGCCUGGAGCAUCUCUCACACCCAGGAACCUUGGGAGGAGCAUUUUGUUCUUUUCUUUCUCUCCUCGUGACACCCAUCCCACGGCAUAUCCGAAUGUUUCUCGUCGAUGCCAGUUAUUAGUGCAUAAGUGUAUUUUGGGGAAAAAAUGAAAACAUUAAAAAAAAAAAUAGGAAAAAAAAAAGAAUUUUCAAUUUAUCACUUGUAACCAUAUAUAUAAAUAUAUAAAUAUAUAUAUUAAAAAGUGUUUAUUUGCAAAAAAUAAAAUUGUUUUAACGGUAAACUAUCUUAUAAUAAACUCCCGAUUUGUGACGAUCUGUUCUUUUGUUAAUCAUUGACAAAUCCUCAGUUGGAGAGUACUGUCCGAGCAGCUCUGAGCAGCCGAGCCCCUGCGGAGGCGCUCCCUGUACUGUAUGUAUGAAACAGCUGUAUCGAAUAAAUGGUUAUUGAUUUUUUAUUA